AUGUUAAGGAACUUAGUGAAAGAAUUAACGAAGGGUUAUGGAGAAUCACACAACCACGAGCAUGCUGAAAAAGUUGCUGCAAAUGCCGCCAAAAUCUACUCUGCUAUGAAAGAAGACAUUCCCGACCUUCACAAAAAAGGAGCUAAGGAAGUUGUGACAAGCGCUGCGUGGCUUCACGAUGUGUUGGACCACAAGAUGAUAUCUGAUCCAGUGGAGUAUAACAGAAAGGAGCAGGUGAUGAGAGACUUCUUAGCAGCUCGGUUCAGUGAUCAGCAAGUCACACUUAUAUUCGAUAUAAUUGAAAAUGUAUCGUUCUCCAAGGAGGUAACUGUUAAGAUGCUGCCUAUUUGA